GCUAUGCCCUGUACUUCUCUUCCAGCAGUGAGGAUGAAUUCGAAAUGUGAUGCUCUUGAGACCAAAGUCAUGUGUCGGCUCUGGCAUGGAAGGUAGUUGAGAGUAGCUAGUUGGGGCUGGCAGCAGAAUAUUUGCAAAGCUGUUCUAUUGCUGUACUAUCACUAUAAUGACAGCUGUAGGAAAGACUGAAGUGAAAAUAUGUGCCAAGAGAAAAGAAACUAAAGAGAGUUGAUUUAUUAAGUAACAAGUCAUGUUUUUCUGUACGCUUUCGGUUUCUUGUGACCAGCUGUCAGCCUUAUUAGUAUGGUGCUGCUUCAUGGUCUAAGAACACUGUAGUUAUGAUCAUCUAGGAAAGCUUCUGGCUGAUGGCCAUUUGUGCUUCAAAGAGGCCCCCUUGAUGUGGAGGCUCGGAAGAGAGCACAUGUUGCGUUUACUUCUUUUGUAAUGAAGGUAGUGGUGAAGACUACUGAGUGCUAAAAAUGAAAAUAGCUUAUUGCUCCAAACACUUCUGGAGCUUCGCAGUCUUGAAUUCUUUCCCCCGCCCUGCUCUUGUGCUCUUCUUCAGACAGGGCAACGCUCAGUCCCAUGCUUUAUGCUUUUUAGCUUACGGUGUGCCUUCAGGGUGUAGCUCAGCUGCUCUCCCUGGUACCAGAAUCUACCACCACAAUCUACCGAUCAACCAUGAAGGCUUUAUCAAGCAAACCUAUCCUCUGGUUUUGGGCUUACUGCAUAGUGCAAAAGUCUAUAAUCCCCUUGAAGUUGUGCCUGCAGCCUCGUCUUGUGAGAACAAACACUCAACUGCUAUUAUGGCCCAUUAUGUUCUGAAGAAGGGACAGUUGUUUCCCUUCCCUCCAGCCUGAUUUAUGCUUUAAGGAAAUUCAAGGCCAGGCUGGAUGAGGCUUUGAGCAGUCUGGUCUCUGGUGGGAGGUUUCCCUGCCCAGGGCAGGGGGUUGGAACGAGAUGAUCUUUAAGGUCCCUUCCAACCCGAACCAUUCUGUGAUUCGGUGUGUGAUUCUGUGAAGUUUGUUCCCCUUCAGCUCACUUGAGUCUCUCAUAAUGAAGAAGGUGUGUGAUAUUUUGAUGGCGUUUCUGAUCAUCUCUCAAGAGUCAAUAUUUCAGGCAUGUCCAGUACUGCUGCCCGAACUGUGUUUUCAUGUUUAGCAGUCACCACGAUAUUCCUGGAGUGAUUAAAACACAUUUAUUUCUGAGAAGUCGUAUUGAAUUGCUGUUCUGCGGUGGGGUAUUAUUGUAACCAUUUUGUUUGAACGUUGUUUUUUUUUUUUUAGGGUCACUUAGCGGAAUAAGCAUAUGGACACCUCUUUGCAGUAGGAUAACUACUACCUGCAGUCACUGAAAUGUUUCGAGAAAAUAUUGAUAAACCCUUUCAGUUCCGCCCCCAGUGAUCCAUAGAUAUGAGGAGGCUAUAUUGGAUACUGCAAGAUACAUAACAGCACUGCUUAUUUGGCUUUGUGGUGGGCAAGGAUUGAAUAACGAAGGAAAUGCUAGACAGCUGCUGUCAGCUUGGAGGAACUGAGAGUUGGAAUUAUAUGUAAAAGAUUCUUGUGUUUGGGUGGGGUUUUCUUAAGAUUUUAGACUGAAUUUUUACUAGUUGCAAACUUUUCUCUUAAAAAUCCAUAACAAAAGAAACAGAACUUUGUUGUUAAUCUUUUAUUGUUUUAGUUCUAUCUAGAAUGAAAACUCCCAAAUCCGUUUCUAAGAAGGCAGAGGCAAGCUUGAAGGACUUCAUUGAUGACUCGGAUGAUUUCUUCUCGGAUUUUAAAGUGAGAAAGAGCACAAGAAAGAAUGCACAGAAUGAUCUUCAGACAGCGAAGAAGUUGAUGAGUUCUGGAAAGAAAAACACUUGCUGCCAAGAACUGCACUAUUCAGAGACUUCAAGUGACACUGAAGAUUCUGUCUUUGCAGAGAGUUCAUGGCACGACGACCAAAAUGCGGGAGUGAAAGGCGAGACAGAGAGUUGGAGGUGCAUAAAACUUCCAUCUCCACAAAAUCUGAAAGCCUCUAUUUCCAGAGGCAGUCCAGACUUGUCUGUUAGAAGAAAAGAAAGGAGCUGUGAAAAGAGUACAGAAAACAAAGUGCCAGCUGUGGCGCUACGACAAAGUAGAGACGUAGAAUCAGAUAGCUCAGAUGACGAAUUCAAAUCAUUAAUAGAACGAAUAAGGAAAAGGAGUAUACCCCGAAAACCAAUCUUAAGCACAAGUAGAACUGUCUACCAGCCAAGCGUUAUAGAAAACAUCAAGCCACCCUGUGAAGGUGCCCAGCCCUUGAAAGGGGAGGGAGUCAAGACACCAAGGCCAAACUCCAUUUCACUUCAAGAAACACCUUCCAGGAUAAUGUCUUCUGCAAAAAUUCCUAGGGAUGAAUCGGUCAGUUGCUCACAAUCAGCAAAGACAGAGGAAAGGCUAAGAGUGUGCUCGGUGCCUGGCUGUUUCUUGCAAGAUCUCUCAAAUCCGGCUUCCCACUAUGUGAAGUAUUUCAAGAAAAAUAAAGAGGAGCUGGCACAGAAGCUCUAUUGUCUGUAUAAUAGUACCAUCUUUGAGCAGAAGUUACCAGAGAAAAUGACAAUAAUAUGGAAUAAGAAAAUGAGAAAAACAGCAGGAUAUUGUGUAACUGGGAAGACAGAAGGUCCUGAAGCAAAGCGUUACGCUCGCAUAGAACUUUCUGAGAAAGUCUGUGACUCUGCAGAUCGUCUUCGAGACACACUAAUUCAUGAGGUUUGCCACGCAGCCACCUGGCUGAUCAACGGUGUUCGUGAUGGACAUGGACGGUUCUGGAGAUUCUAUGCCAAUAAAUCAACUGUGAUUCACCCGGAACUGCCAGUAGUAACACGAUGCCACACCUAUGAGAUUAAUUACAAAUUCAUCUAUGAGUGUGUUCUGUGCAAAGCUACGAUUGGACGUCAUUCCAAGUCUCUGGACAGCGAGCGCUUUGUGUGCGCAUUCUGCGGCGGGCAGCUGGUCCUGAGACAGCCCACUAAGAAGGACGGCACUCCCGCUCGGACACAUCUAACACCCUUUGCAAAUUAUGUGAAAGAAAACUAUAGACUUACUAAAAGAGAGCAGCAUGGGCUGAGUCACGCAGAAGUCAUGCGGAAACUCAGUGCUGAUUUUGCUUUAAAAACUAGGCUUCAAGAUUCCUUGUGAUAUCGCCAUACAUUUCCUUUCUUGAUGCCACUUAAAUUUUGCGUGUAGUAGUAAAUAAGUUUGAUGUGAGUCUAAGAAUAUGUUUCAGAAGUUUCCAGAUAAUUUGAAUAUUUUAGUAUUAAAUACUUGUAAUAAAGAUGACCUUAAGGCCUUCUCUAAAAUGGGCAAGAGUGAGCAAGAAGUAGUGAUGAUAGAAAGUCCAUGUCGAUGUGCAGGUCAGUCAGGGUAUCCUUCUUAGACUUCAGAUAAACAUCGCCUGUGCCUGGGAGGAUGCAGUUCUAGGCCCUUCGUGGGACUGACUUGCUGAGUUUGUCUGGAAUUUUCUGAACAGUGUUUACGCGUAGUGCUCCAUAGUGUGUCUUCAGUGAGCAAUGGACUUACUCUUUCAUCCGGGUAGCUGAUAUGCUGUAGACUCUGUGUAAUGUGCCGAAGAUCUGCAGGUGUACAUCUGAAGGUGUACCUCUCCCUGGGAUUGCCAGAUGCAAGAAAAAUGCAGGCCCAUGAGCCAAAGUCCUGCGAUUCUGUCCGGAUGACUUCAAGGCAGGAAAAAGGGGCAGACCUGAAGGAGGCUUCGACAUGAGUUCAGGCAUUCUCCCAAGGAGAGUUUUGUGAGUGAUCCUUGGCUGGUUUUGUUAAAAGUAAGUGGCAGGUAGAUGAUGCCUCAAAUCUGUUAGAGAAAGCGUGAGUUUCUGCAAAGCCCUCUGGCCCUUGGUGUGAUCAAAGCUCCUUCUGAUUAAAUUUUGACUGCAGUUGUGCCUCUGUCACUGAGAUCUCAUAGAAGCUAAAAUAGAUGCAAAAGGUCAGGUUGGGGAAAGCAAACACUUUCCCACACAGAAUGAGGAGGUGUAGUCAGAUGACUUAACUCUUUCACGUAGAACAUGACUGAAUAUGUGUUAGCGUCUGCUGUAAACAAAUUGCUCAGGGGACUAGUAAUUUUGAAUAAUCAAUAAAUGCUAAUUUUAUAUCAGCUGUGGCGAUGAACCAGGCUUCUUUGUUUCAAUUUAACUGUGGCUGUGUAGGUAUUAGUACAUGAAAGCUUCUGAUUU